GACACAUAACAGUUGGUGGAAUUAUGCCAGCACUACUGCUAGUUUUUCUAUGACAAUCAGUGUUUUGAUGGCUUGCCAAGAUCUUGACCAUGAAGCUGUAUUAUGAUUUGAUGUCGCAGCCAUCCAGGGCUGUUUAUAUUUUUGUGCAAAAGGCCAAAAUACCUUAUGAAGACUUUAAAGUAGAUUUAAUGACAGGAAAACACAGAACUGAAGAGUAUGCCCAGAUUAAUCCAUUCCAGUUAGUGCCUGCAAUAGACGAUAAUGGAUUCAAGCUUGCAGAAAGUGUGGCUAUUCUUCGAUACCUCUCACGCAAGCCUAAUGUUCCGGACCAUUGGUACCCUAAGGAGUUGCAAGCACAGGCAAAAGUAGAUGAGUAUUUGGAGUGGCAACAUCUCAACACUCGCUUAAAUUGUGCCAUGUUUUUCCAGCACAAGUUUUUGCGGCCAAAGAUGUUUGGUGUCGAGGUGAACCAGAAGAAAGUUGACGAAUUUCAGAGCAGAAUGGAAACGACUCUUGAACAGUUUGAAACAAUAUGGUUGAAAGAUAAGCCAUUUUUAGCAGGCUCUGAAAUUACUAUUGCUGAUUUGCUUGCUGUCUGUGAAUUAGAACAACCAAGUAUGGCUGGAUACGAUAUACUGGAAGGAAGGCCAAUACUUGCAGCAUGGUAUCAACGGGUGAAAGAUGCUCUGCAGCCACACUAUGAUGAAGGACACAAAGUAGUUGACAUUGUUCGCAAGAAGUUUGGUGGCAAGGCUCCAGGCUCAAAGUUAUAAGACUAUUCAGACCUUCCUCUCCACUUAAUAUUUUUAAACUGAG